UAAUUGGGCAAAUCGGAGAAAUACAUAGAAUCCGGUGAGAUUGGGAAAACGGUAAAGCUAGGUUACAUCUGAAUCAAUUAAAAGAGCAAGCAAUAGAUUUAGAGCAGAGAGAGUAGGUCAAGGGAAAACGUGGUUUCCUCCUCUUGUGAACACAGACGACUUGCAGAUCCGGUUGUCCAUCAAAGUAGCCAUCUCCAGAGGCGUCCCGCGGCCCCAACUCCAUUGAAAAAGCGCCAUCUACACCAGCGUCGCCUCCUCAAAAACGAGAGAGAUGGAAGCAAGAAGCGAACUGAAACAGAAGAUUUACGAGAUUUUUAAAGAGUUUAUGAUGAGGAUCACAAAGCUUGAGGAACUAGAUAAUGCUGCAAACACCUUUCUUCUACGCUUUCAUCAAGCACUCUGCUUGCUCAAACGCUCACCGAUAGUCACUUCCUCCAAGUUGAUCGAGAACAUUCUCAAGAACAAUGAAACAAAACGGCUUAAGUCAUAUAUAGAAGCAGGCUGUAUCAACAUCGAUGAGGCUGCAAGAAGCACACGAGCUUUGCAUACAUCCCUGUCAGGACUUUCUGACCACCUAAUCAAAGCUCAAAGCUUGUUAUCUGGGCUCGAGCAUCUCACCGAUGAUGCAGCUCUUGCAAUUGAGACUGCAACAACGUUUUCCAGGCAACUAGAUGAAGAUUCAAGUGAUGAAUUGCCGCAAGUAACGAGUGAUGAAGAGAACGAGACUGCACCUUUUCCUCAAGAACCUGAAGUUACAGAGUAUGCUACAGUUAUUGCAGUGGUUUACAGUAUGGUGAAGCAGAACCAUGUUAUGCAGGAAAAGAUUGUGAGGUCACUUAGUUUGAAGACAUCAUUUGAUGAUCUAGAUACUUACACUAUGAUGUGGUCAUUGCGUCCGUUUGUAGAAGACCAGAUUAUGAACAGAGCAUGGAAAUGUAUUUACUGACCCACACACAGUUUUGUUUGAUUACUUUGUUACAUUUUUUUCCCUUUCGUUGACAAGAAAGCAAAUGUAUUAGUCGCUUAUAUACUUUUUAACUAGAUGAUAUGGGCGUGGAGUGAGAUUUUUAUAUUAAAUUUUGUUUGGUUUUAAAAUUUUGUAACAUUAUAUUCUUUAUCGAUUGUAAAAUAACGAAUAUAAAUAUUGCUCUCUUAAAUAUAUAAUAUGUGUGGGUAUUCGGG